GAUUGGCUGAUGGGAUUGGUGACGUCAGACGCAAAACGCCGGGCCUAACGCGGGAGCGUGAAGGACUCCACGAAUUCCGUUUGGAGGCAUCUUUGAGCUCGCCGAGUAAGCAUCAUGAGCAAAGCUCACCCUCCCGAGUUGAAAAAAUUUAUGGACAAGAAAUUAUCAUUGAAAUUAAAUGGUGGCAGACAUGUCCAAGGAAUAUUGCGGGGGUUCGAUCCCUUUAUGAAUCUUGUGAUAGAUGAAUGUGUGGAGAUGGCAACUAGUGGGCAACAGAACAAUAUUGGAAUGGUGGUAAUUCGAGGAAAUAGUAUCAUCAUGUUAGAAGCCUUGGAACGAGUAUAAACAAUGGGUGUGUUCACCAGAAGAAACCAACUGCUUCCACGUGUCCCCUUCAUAGCACCUGUUUUACUACAAUAUAAAAAUCAGGUCAUGCAUUUUCAUAUUGAACUUUUUUGUUAAAUAAACUUUUUUAAUAGUCAAAAAAUGCUUUCUCAGACAUUCCGAACAUGGAAAAUUGAAUGUUAGCUUUUACUCUAGUUUUUUCUAACACAAACUGUUCCUGGUUGAGACUGAUUUAUUCCAAAGCUUUUAUGCAUUAAUAUUGAAGAAUCUGAUUAAAUGUGAAGCAUGGCUAGGA